UGAUUACAUACCAUCGGGUCACUCAAGCAGAACACUUUCAGUAAUGCAGUAAACAGCCUUUACCAUCUCUUCCAGUCUCGUGCCUGUGCGUUGUACAUCACUGCCGUUCUUCAUUUACUGUAAUCCAUGGCCCUUCAUCAGUAGACGGAAGUAUAUCUACGACUGGUCAAAGACCCACAACAUUCUGAUGAAAGCAUACUGAGGGAUUUACAUGCAGAAAUCGUGGCAGCAUGACGUGCAUUACCCUUUUGAAAAUCUUUGUCCUAAUGGCUUUUCUGGAGUCCAUUUUGGCCCAAGGCCAGCCGCCAUAUCAGCCCAACUGGCAAUCUAUCGAUUCUAGACCUCUGCCUGGCUGGUACGAUGACUCGAAGUUUGGCAUCUUCAUGCACUGGGGUGUUUACUCUGUGCCUAGUUACGGAUCAGAGUGGUUUUGGCGUUACUGGGCCUCCAACGUAAAGAGCUACGUGGAUUUCAUGAAGCAGAACUACCCUCCGGACUUUACUUAUGCGGAUUUCGCCAAGGAGUUCCGGACGGAGCUUUUCAACGCCAGCCACUUCGCAGAGAUCGUGGAAGCGUCCGGAGCCAGGUACUAUGUCCUGACGACUAAACACCAUGAGGGAUACACAAUGUGGCCGUCCAGGUAUUCCUGGAAUUGGAACGCCAUGGAUGUAGGGCCGAAACGAGAUCUGGUCGGCGAGAUAGCUACAGCCAUCCGGACUCUCAAGACAAAAGUAUAUUUUGGAUUGUAUCACUCCCUCUUUGCCUGGUACCAUCCACUUUAUCUCCAAGACGAGGCCAAUAACUUCCAGACAAGGCUCUACCCACAGCAGAUUUCAACCCCGAUGCUUCACGAGCUGGUUGAGAAUUAUCACCCUGAAAUCAUUUGGUCAGAUGGCUUCGAAAAGACAACAGGGCCCGAGUAUUGGAACAGCACAGGUUUCCUAGCCUGGUUGUACAAUAGUAGCCCGGUGAGAGACAUAGUGGUCGUAAACGAUCGCUGGGGGGAGGGGACAGUGUGUCACCACGGUGGGUACUACACCUGUCAUGACAGGUACAAUCCAGGUACCUUGCAGAACCACAAGUGGGAGAACGCCAUGACGGUAGACAAGCACUCUUGGGGUUACCGCAGAAAUGUCAAGCUAGCUGACUACCUUGAUGCCGAGGAGCUGAUCGCAUCACUGGCUAAGACCGUCAGCUGUGGGGGUAAUAUGCUACUAAACAUUGGUCCCACCCAUGACGGGCGUAUCGUCCCUAUCUUUGAGGAGCGCCUACGGCAGAUCGGGGCAUGGCUGAAAGUCAACGGGGAGGCUAUCUAUGGGUCACACCCUUGGAAGGCUCAGAAUGACACUAAGACUCAAAACAUUUGGUACACCUCCCAGAUGAAUGGUACAACUGUGGAAGCCGUGUAUGCCAUCAUCCUAAAAUGGCCUACCAACAACCACGUGUUCCUUGGUGCACCGAUUUCCAGCAAGCUUACUACAGUAUCUAUGCUAGGUGUCGAGCCCCCACUCAAAUGGGAGAUGGGGCCGAAGGGAGUUGGAAUGAACGUUACCAUGCCAACACUGAAUCCAGUACAGAUACCAUGCCAAUGGGCAUGGGUUCUCAAAUUGUGUAACAUUCUGUGAACAUCUAAACAGAAUCAAAACUACCUCAGAGAGUGAUUGAAUUGUACAUAAAAAAUACACGUGGAUUAGCAUAGUACAUGUACACCAGACAAAGUUCCACAGAAAGUUCAAUUCAGAGUUUCCAUUUAUUACAUUCAAAUUGUGUGAGUAAAUACAUGUAUUCUUAGUUAAACUGUGCCUUGGACAUCAUCUUGGAUACCUCUAUCACUGCCAAAUAAACCCUUUACAGUUUCUCCAAGCACCUGAUUGGAUCCUUACAAACCUGAUGACAGUAAAGCCUUUAGAGGGAAUCCAACAGCUACAUCAGCUGGUCUUACUCUUUAGAUUUACAUAAUCCUACAGUCACAUCAAUUGUUGGAGUGUAGUCGACUUUGUCAGAACUUGUUUGGUUUUGUUGUAUUUGACAAUUAAGGGAUAAGUCGCAAUACCGAA